AGAACAAUCCCGUCUUGAUUGGUGAACCUGGUGUAGGAAAGACUGCUGUAGUCGAAGGACUUGCUCAGCGUAUCGUCCGCAAGGAUGUCCCUGUCAGUCUGCAGUGCCGUCUCUUUUCCCUCGAUAUGGGUGCACUGAUCGCCGGAGCCAAGUAUCGCGGAGAAUUCGAGGAGCGUCUUAAGGCUGUCCUCAAGGAGAUCAAGGAUUCUGAGCAGGGCAUCAUUCUCUUCAUCGACGAGAUCCACCUGGUCCUCGGUGCAGGAAAGGGCGACGGCGCCAUGGAUGCCGCCAAUUUGCUUAAGCCCAUGCUUGCCCGUGGCGAACUUCGAUGCAUUGGUGCUACGACAUUGGAUGAGUACCGCCAGCAUGUCGAGAAGGAUCCUGCCUUUGAGCGUCGUUUCCAGCAGGUCUAUGUUGGCGAACCAUCAUUGACAGACACGAUUAGUAUCUUGCGUGGUCUCAAGGAGCGCUACGAGGUCCACCAUGGUGUCAAGGUCGCCGAUGCCGCAUUGGUCACUGCAGCCACGCUGGCCCAUCGUUACAUCACAAACCGUUUCUUACCCGACAAAGCCAUUGAUUUGAUGGACGAGGCCUGCGCCAAUACUCGCGUGCAGCUCGAUUCACAGCCCGAAAUUAUUGAUCACUUGGAACGCCGUCAUCUACAGUUGGAGGUCGAGGCCGCUGCCUUGGCCAAGGAGAAGGAUCCAGCAUCACAGCAGCGUCUUGUCAAGGUCCGCGAGGAAAUGUCUAAAAUUUCCGAGGAACUAAAGCCACUGAAGCUCAAGUAUGAGCUUGACAAGGGUCGCAUCAACGAGGUCCGCGACUUGAACCAGAAACUGCAGGAUCUCAGGACCAAAGCUGAUGAAGCCGAGCGCCGCUACGAUGUCGCCAAGGCGGCCGAUAUCCGGUACUAUGCCAUUCCCGAUCUGGAGAAGAAGAUUGCCACCGUCACCGCGGAGAGGGCUAGACAGGAUGCCGAGCAGAUGUUGGCUGCCGCGAGUGGAACCAAGAUGGAAGGCGGUGAUUUGGUGACCGAGGUUGUCGGACCCGAACAGAUCACUGAGGUCGUCUCCCGCUGGACCGGUAUCCCUGUCCAGAGAUUGAACAAGUCCCAGAUCGAGCGUCUGUUGCAGUUGGGUGAUCGCUUGAGCGAGCGCGUCGUCGGUCAAUAUGAUGCUGUCCAGGCUGUUGCCGAGGCCGUACUUCGUUCGCGUGCUGGUAUGGCCAAGGAGCACGCCCCACUGGGCUCCUUCAUGUUCCUGGGACCCACUGGUGUCGGUAAGACAGAACUGGCUAAAGCUCUCGCCCAAGAGCUCUUUGAUGACGAAAACAUGAUGGUCCGUAUCGACAUGUCCGAGUACAUGGAGUCGCACUCAGUCGCUCGUUUGAUCGGUGCUCCUCCCGGUUAUGUUGGACAUGACGAGGGCGGUCAGUUGACUGAGGCCAUUCGUCGCCGACCCUACAGCGUUGUCCUCUUCGAUGAGAUUGAGAAGGCCGAUGUCAAGGUCUUGAACGUCCUCCUUCAAGUCCUGGACGAUGGUCGCUUGACAGACUCCAAGGGUCGCGUGGUCGACUUCUCUAAUACUGUUAUCAUUAUGACUUCGAACGUCGGCUACAUGCACCUUCAGAACCUCGGCAACAGUGGCAUCACGGAUGAGGCCCGCGAACUGGUCAUGCGAGAAGUGCGCUCCCACUUCCGCCCUGAGUUUUUGAACCGAUUGGACGAUCUCAUUAUUUUCUCGCCUCUGGGAACCGAUAAUCUGAACAAGAUUGUGCGCAACCAACUCGCGGUUAUCGGCAAGCGACUCGAGUCCAAGAACAUCACGCUCCACAUCACGGACGGCGCCAUCCAGAAGGUCCUCAACGAUGCUUUCGACCCACGCUAUGGUGGUCGUCCAUUGAAGAGGUAUCUUGAGAAGCAGGUCGUGACCAAAGUAUCGAGGUUGUUGUUGACGGGCGAGCUGACAGAGUACCAGAAUGUGCUUGUGGAUCUGGAUUCCACCGGCGAACUGGUCUUCAAUGUGCAAAAGUCAACAGGCGCACCCGACGACAGUAUGAACUUGGAUUGACUGCCACGCGACGCGACUGCUGUGGACGAGGACGAGUAUGAUGAAGAUGAGACGGAUCAUGGCAGGAAGCGUCGAGUGCAUACGGACAAGAAGACCCGAACUAAACUUCAACGGCAUAGGACUUGAGCACCUCCCCUCUCUCUCUCUCUAUCUCUUUCUGCAUAACUCAAUAAUAGUAAUAAUAAAAAAUGAAAUCGAACAUUA